AUGAGUAACCUGUCUGGAGCUUCGACUGGAUCUUCAAGUGCUCGUUCAAGAGGGAGAGUGUUUGGUGUUCCAAAAACUUGUCAUUGUGGAGAACAAGUGAUGGAAUUGAUUUCAAAUCAAACAACAAUCCGUAUAGGCGCUACUUUCCUUGCCAAUGAUAAUCACACAUUCAAGUGGGUUGAUGAAGCUCAUUUAGAUGAGAUAGAAGCACUGAAAUCAAAAACAGCAAGACUUGAGGAGAAGCUGGAAGCGGUUACAAGUGAGAGGAUGAAUGAGUUUGAGAAGAAGUUAUUUGAGAGAGUGGAAGAGGCAUUGGCCGAAUCAUCAUCCAUGACAAAGAAAAUGGUGAUUGUUGUUGUCAUUUCGUGUGUGGUCAUGGUUGGGUUUAGUAAGCUCUAUUAG